AUGUCCACCAAGAAAAAAGUCCGCCUCGGCCAGAUUGAUGCGGACCCCGAGCAGCUCGUGCUCAUAGUAUCCUACACAACUGAAGUUCACCACUUCGAUGAGUAUGGCAAUCCUGUCAGAUCAGAGUCGCAGCCUGGGCAGAAAAUCAUUCGUGUUCCGAGAGGCAUGCGAGGAUCUGAGGUGCGCGGACUCACGCAGGAGGUCAUGGAGAAGUUUAAGAAGUACAUCCCAGCUUCGAAGGCUGGUGAAGUUGAGCAGCUGCUAAUGGCGCUGGCAGAGCACGAGGCAGGGCAGUUGGACCAGCGGCAGCACCCGCACAUGCACCAGCCACAGCAUGGACAGCGGCAGGAGCCGCCUCCUCCGCCGCCACCGCCUCCACCGCCAGCUCCGCAGCAGCGUCGGCAGGAGCCUUUGCUACCACAGGCAGAUGUGCGGAACAUCGAGGAUUAUGCUGACCAGCUCUACGAGGACCGCAUGGAGAAAAAGGUCAUCGGGGUGAAACACAUCCUGAGAGUCUGCACAGAGCCGACGAACUUGGAAAUCCUGGCCGAGCACGAGAAUUUGUUGCAGGUUCUCAGCCGCGAGCUCCGGGAGAAUUCCAAGAAGAGUUUCGACCUGUCUGUGGUGACU